CGUUACCAACACCCGCCGCCGCCGCCCCCCCGCAACCCAAAAAUUUGAAAAUCACAACCGGGAGUGAGGAAGCCCGACCGACGCCCAAACAUUUUCCCCACCCAAACCCCCGCUCCGCUCCGCCGCCGCCGUGGACCGCCCGACGAUGCCGCCCUCCGAGGACGCCCCCGCGCCAGCGCCGGCGAGGACCCCUCCUCCCUCGCGCGGGGCGGCGGCCGGCUCGCGGGUGCUGCUGCAGUCGCCGCCGCCGGCGUUCCCGCUCGGCUCCAACGACGACCAGCUCGAGCGCGCCCGCGCCCGCGCCGCGGCGCGGGCCGCCUCCGUCCGCCGCCGCUCCCUCGCCGCCAGCAUCGCGCCCUCCAAGGACCCGCGCCAGGACCUCCUCGACCGCGAGCAGGUCAUGGACCUCUUCCACAACUGCAUCAAGCUCGCAUCCGAGAACAAAAUUAACCAGAAGAACACGUGGGAGCUGGGGCUCAUCGACCAUCUCCACGAGCUCAUCCACGUGGGGGAGGAGGACGAUGACGAGACCAACUUCCAGAAGGCAAGCUGCACUCUGGAGGCUGGGGUCAAGAUCUACUCAACCCGUGUUGAUUCGGUUCACUCUGAGGCAUACAAGGUGCUGGGCGGGAUCAACCGCGCCGGAAGGGGUGAAGAGGCUGAUGUGGAAGAUGGAAGCAAUGUUGAAUCUGCACAAGAUGAGGGCAUCAGCAAAAAGGAUGCGGAUAGGAGGAUUUCACCAGCUUCAACAUUGGAGUCCUCAUUUGAGGCUCUUAAUGUAAAGAAGUUUGAUGUUGCUUUCACGGUGGAUCCUCUGUACCAUCAAACUACUGCUCAGUUUGAUGAAGGUGGGUCGAAGGGUCUUUUGUUGUAUAACCUUGGAGUCUAUGGCAGCUGUCGUGUGUUGUUUGAUUCAUUUGAAGCUCCAGACAAAUGCAUCCUAAGUGAUAUGCAAACUGACAGUGCUGAGAUGAUUGACCUUUCAUUUGCUAAAGAGGAAAUUGAGGAAAUGGUUGCUCAAAUGCCUCUAUGUAAUGAUAUUUCUCCAACCCUGAGGGACAUUAUUGCUCUGUUUGAUGAAGAAAACCAAAGGCCAUCACACGGGUUAUCUUCUGGGCAAGUGCCAGUAAUGGAAGAUGGGAUUGUUGACGGUAAUGAAGCAGACAAUAAUGAUAGCAUGUUACCUGAUUCUGAAUCAUGGGAUUUUGGUGGUUGUGGUGACCAUGAAGACGCAUAUGAUGAAAACAACCCAUUGGGUUCCAACACAACAAACUAUCAAGAGGAAUUUGGUGAAUACACUGUUGAAAUUCCUCAGCAUACUGUUGCGGAUGAAAAGCUUGACAAAAUUGCAGAUCUCUUGUUGCUCAGCAUGGGCACCUCAAAGACAAAUGCUUGGGCAGGACCUGAGCACUGGAAAUAUCAGAAAGCUAAAGAUUUGGAGGCUGCCCCAACUUCAUCUGGUGAAUCAGAAGUCCCAGUUAAGAUGAAGAAGAAAAGAGCCAAGGAUGAUCCUGACAUUGACUUCACAAAAGCGUUGGACAAUGAGUCUCUAACCAUCUUCGCACCUCCUAAAAAUCCAAAGUCAUUGCUGCUACCUGCAAAUAGGGCUGUAUGCAGCAAUAAACUUCCAGAAGAUUGCCAUUACCGGCCUGAAAGCCUUAUUAAAUUAUCUCAUCUUCCAGAUGUUUUGUGUUGUGCCAAGAGAAGAAAAUCACAUGGUAAGUUUGCCAAAUUAGACACUGAAGUGGAGAACAAUCAUGACUUCAUCCCAUCUGAACCUUGGGAUGAUGAUAAUUUUUGCACUGAUCACAUUGAUGAAGGACAUGCCUGUAGCGAUGUGGAGGAGUCAGUAAAUCUUGUCGAUAAACCGAGACAGGUCAACAAGAUUGAUAUACAAUAUGACAAGGUAUCAAAACAAGUGGACGUUCAUGCUUUAAAAGAAGUUCUCUGGAAACACAUCCAUACAUCUGCUGAGACUGAUGAUAAGCAGGAAAAUAAGGAAGCUGAAACAACGCUGCACCUAUCACAGGUGCUGCAUGAUCUUCCAAGCAGAAACCCGGAUGCUGCAGCAGCUGAUAUUUCACCGCAUCUGUAUUUCAUCUGCCUCUUGCAUUUGGCAAACGAGCAUGGCUUGAUGCUGCGUGACCGCCCCACGAUGGAUGAAAUUGACAUAUACAUGCCAACUUCACCUUGUCAUGGUUGAAAGCUGCUGUAAAUUAUUUGAUACCUUUGCAUUGUAUCAUGUAAUAUAUAUCCUCUGACGAUUGUAUUUUAUUUGAUGCCAGAACUAUUGUACCAGUGAUGCCAACUAAUAUUUAACCCCUUUUAUUAAUUUUGCUCAUUGAAGUGAAUGCAAUUGGGCUGCGACAGGA